UCAAGCUUCAGUCGCCAUCUUGAUGGGAAAUAACAGUGCUUGUGCUUGUGUUUACGUCCCAAAUUUUCGAAUUUUUGCUUGUUAUGGAAAAAAUCUUAACAAUUCGACCAAAAACCCCUUCAUUUACGCCCAUAGUGACUUAAUACAGUAAAAGUUGUAAAGGAAUUGUGCGUGAAUAUAAAACGGGAAGAUGUUUUACGCGCACUUUGUCUUGGCCAAAAAGGGGCCGCUGGCCAGAAUUUGGCUUGCGGCUCAUUGGGACAAAAAACUGACCAAAGCUCACGUCUUUGAGACCAAUAUAGAGAAGUCGGUCGACGGGAUUUUGCAGCCUAAGGUGAAAAUGGCUUUGAGGACUUCGGGGCAUUUGCUGCUGGGGGUUGUGAGGAUUUAUUCGCGUAAGGCGAAAUAUUUGCUAGCGGACUGCAAUGAGGCCUUUGUCAAAAUUAAAAUGGCAUUCAGGCCGGGGAUGGUCGAUCUGCCCGAGGAACACAGAGAGGCGGCGGUAAAUGCCAUCACUCUUCCAGAAGUGUUUCACGAUUUUGAUACAACAAUGCCGGAAUUAAAUGACGUCGAUAUUGAAGCCCAGUUUAGUUUAAACCAGUCACGUGCUGAAGAAAUUACAAUGAGGGAGGACUAUGGCAACAUAUCACUAGACACAAACGACGAUGGUUUUGGUGAUAUGGGAUUUGACACCGACGCUCCUGAUUUAAUGAGACAUACGGCGGGCCUAGAACCAUCCAUGGAACAAAGCAAUCUAUUAUUUAGCGAUGGUGCAGUCUUGGAUGGCGUUGGAUUAGAUAAGGACCGCGAACCUGUCCCAUCCACUUCCGGUACCCAACACCACACACCCAUGGAAAUGGAUUCAGCGGUUCGCGAUGAUGGUUUUGGUUCAAAUUUAGACCAAAAUAUAAUUUCUGGCGGUUUAUUUGAGGGUGGCUUAUUUGACGACGCCCCCAUGGGGGAUGUUCCACCUGUAGAUCACCCGAUACAAGACGCACAAAACUUGCCCCAAGCUCCUGAUAGUGAUGACGACGAUAUGGACCAUUUUGGCGGCCCGCCCUCUGUUGGUGGUCACAGUUUUGGUAGUUCUGACGAUUCGAGACCGACUUCUGCGAUAGGUGGAGCCCCUACGAUGCCUUCACCGGCUCAUGCAGCCCCACAACAUCCGGAACAACAAGCAGAACAACCCGAAGAGGCUACUAAUGUCCCCUUGGAACAAACUACUUUGGUUCAUAAUGAAGAAGAGAGUUUUGCGUUGGCACCAGUGGAUGCGUCGGCUCUUAAAGGUUUUACCAAAACUAAGCGUAAACGAAAAUUGAUCGUCGACGAAGUUAAGAAUAUAUCAGGGGAAGAAAUGAAAAAUCAAUUGUCUGACACUAGUGAUAUUGUGACGACAUUGGAUUUGGCUCCGCCCACAAAAAGGUUGAUGCAUUGGAAAGAAACAGGAGGCGUUGAGAAAUUGUUUGCACUUCCGGCGAGACCUAUACCGGCCAGAACUUUAUUCAAGAAUUAUCAGCGCCAUCUAACGUUGCGUGCGAUUGGGACUGAAGACUUUGCCAUGUUAGGAGACGCCGAUUCUUUGGCGUUGGAUCAAAUGAGAGACUUUGAUGAACCUUUAGCCGAGCUUCCGACGCCGGCCAAACGUGGCCGGAAACGAAAAAUCCAAGAGGACCCGAGUCGGACACCGAUGCAUGCCCUGGAUCAGGAAGCGCACCUCCCUCAGGACGACCAUUUAGCUUCCAUGAUGCCUUCGUUGCCGCCUCCAUCUCCCAUGCGGCCCCAGCAAGCUCCCACUCCUCUUAUGAUGAGUCAAGAUGACGCCCAACACGUGUCAAUGCCGCCUCCGUCGACCCCUGCCAGUGUGCUGUACCCACAGACCCCCCAAAUGGGGUAUCCGGGUACUCCAGCGCCGUCUACUUUAGGUUUCCCCAGUACUCCAGCCCCACCAACGCCUUUGCAUCACAUGGAAGAGAUGCCCCAUCUAGCGCCUGACCAAGUACACUCGAUUUUGCAUGAACAGGAGAGUAUAGGGGGGCUGGUACCGCCAAUGACGCCGGCGUCUGACGAUAUGUUGUCGCAUGGUAUGGGGGCUCCAACGACGCCACAUCAUGGACAAUUGGAUCCGAAUUUGCCGUUGGAACAACUGGAUAAUUUGGGACAUCAUUUGCCUCAGAUGGAGAAUAUGGGAUACGAUCAGAAUCAGAUGCAAAUGGCCAAUAUGGGGUAUGAUGAACAUAUGCCAGCGCAAACUCCGGCUGGAGGUAUGUCAGAGAGGGUGCACUCGCCAUGGCAAGGGGAUUAUGAUUUCCCGCCAUCUGCCGGUCCGGUUGAAGAACAGCAACAGGAUGAAACGGAUGAACAGUUUGAAGAAAGAGUAUUAAAUAAGCGAGCCUAUCAGAUGUUUACAGUUGUUAGAUCGAAACUCGAUACAACCAAUCAAAUUACGUUAACGGAGAUGUGUCAUAGAAACACUAAGAAACAAGCGGCUCAAAAAUUUUACAGUUUGUUAGUACUAAAAAAAUUCCAAGUCUUGGAAUUGGAACAAACAGGUCCUUAUGAUGAAAUAUUUGUUUUGCGAGGACCGAAAUUCGAUAAUCCUGUACUGUAACUUUAUUCUUAUUUUUUUAUUACUUUUUGUGUGACGACACAAUGAGGGAACAAAUUUGAGUUUUUACACCAAAGUAUUUCUUUACGAUUUACACAUUGACUUUUUACAACUGUUGUACAAUUUGUUUGUUUUAUGCCUCUUAGAAUUUUCAUAAAAGAAACAAAUUCUAGUCUGUUUUGUUAAAUCUUACUUGUUUUAAAUGUGACCUCAUUUGCGUUUUGUUAAGUCUUUGAAAUUAUGUAGUCUGUGAUAUUAACUCUACAUUUUAUAAAAACAUCAUUUUCAGCUAUUAGUUGGCAAUAAUCCAUUCUGUUUCAUUAAAGAUUAAGAGAAAAUGUGGUUAGUGAAGGGGGCGUAAUAGAAUAGUUAUAUUUUUAUUAAAAAAUGUACAUAAUGUAUUAUUCUAUUAUUCCCUUUAGGCGUUAAUAUUUUUAACAAGUAAGAUAUCCUUGAACUUAAUUGUUUUAAGACAAAAAUCACUUUGUAUAAAAAAUGUUAUUUAUUUACAAAUAAGAUAUGAAAAAAUGUGGAGUAAUAAGAUAAUUGCUUCACUUUAUCUCUCUUUUUCUAAAUUCAUUGAUAGCUUUUUAGGCUUAGAGACUAUGUAUAAGGUAAAUUUAUUAAAUAAAGUAAUGUUUAAUACUGUUA